AUUGUCACAUUUGAUUUGUAAGUGUGUUGCGGUGAUUUCGUUUAAUAGUCGAAUUAGUGAACAUUUAAAAGGGAAAUGACGACAAAUAUUGAUAUGCGAUUAGCAUCGAACCGUAUUUCCAAUACGGUAUCCUACACAGAAAAUGCUAUGCCACGGCUUUUUACGCCGGGCGAAGUUAUUACUUCACAACAAGGUUUUAUGCGGGGACACGGAACAUACGUCAAAAAUGAUGAAAUUAGAGCUUCUGUAGCUGGGGUUAUGGAAAAAGUGAACAAGUUGAUAUCGGUUCGUCCGUUCAAAAGUCGAUAUGUUGGCGAGAUAGGAGACGUGAUCGUUGGACGCAUUUUUGAAGUCCAACAAAAGCGAUGGAAAGUUAAUACGAAUUCACGUUUGGAUUCAAUACUGUUCCUUGCAGCAGUCAACUUACCGGGAGGUGAGCUACGACGUCGGAAUACUGAGGAUGAACAAAUGAUGCGGAAGUUCUUACAAGAAGGUGAUUUAAUAUCCGCUGAAGUCCAGAACGUCUUUGUCGACGGCAGCUUAUCAUUACACACACGAAGUUUAAAGUAUGGAAAAUUAUCACAAGGCGUUUUGGUGAAAGUUUUUCCGUCACUCAUCAAGCGCUGUAAAACACAUUUCCAUAAUUUAACUUGCGGCGCAUCGGUGAUAUUGGGAAAUAAUGGCUUCAUUUGGAUUUCACCAACCAUAAACACGGAUAUUGAGGGGAGUGGUGGUUUCACACAGAAUUUAAGCGAACCAAUUGCACGGCCCGACCGUGAAGUGAUUGUUCGAUUGAGAAAUUGCAUAUUGGCAUUGGCUCAAUGCAAAAUGAUGCUCUACGAUACUAGCAUUCAGUAUGCUUAUGAUGAGUCUUUAAAGUAUGAAGUCGAGGAAUUGCUAAAACAAGAAUCGAUUGUCGAUUUGGCGUUUUUAACACAACACAGACUUCGUAUCCAAGAUGAACAGUGAGCAAAAAAAUCAAAAUCAGCUACUUUGUCUAAGAAAUAAAAACCAAUAAUAAAAUCCAUAUUUUUCAUCGAAUAUUUUUUAAAUUUCCUUUUCUCUCUUUUUUAUUUAUGAUGAAAAUUGAAUAAAAAUCACAUGGGAGCUAAAACGUAAA